AUGCAACUACCGCUAUUCCUUGGAAUUUCGACCUUUCUAUUCACGGCAAGCUUCACGGCAGCAGCACUGCCGAAGGGCUACCAAACGAACACGGUAGACGGAAAUCGUUGGGUAAACCUGACCUCCCUACCGAGUCCUCGACAAGAACACGCCACGGUCGCCGUCAACAACAACACCAUUGCAGUUUUAGGGGGCGUGGAACGAAUUGGAAAUGAUUCGGUCCAAGUGAGAGUAUUUUCCACGAACCUCGUGGAGUUGUACGACAUCCCAUCCGACACCUGGCGUACCGCAGCUCCACUCCCAAUCAAACUGAACCACCCCAACGCCGCCGUCGUAAAUGAGCGAAUCUAUCUCCUCGGCGGCCUCGUCGAUACACAAAGCCCACCGACAGCAGAAGCAGACUGGAUCGCGACCGGAAAAAGCUACGUCUACGAUCUCAUCGCCAACGCCUGGACCGAAGUCGCCUCCAUGCCUCCGGGCACGGAAAGAGGAAGCGCAGUCGUAGGGGUCCAUGGCGACAUGAUUUACGUAGCUGGCGGCAUGACGGUGCUCAAUUUCGUGGUCCAGGACGCUUCUUCGACUGUCACGGCGUUCAACACCACGUCCUUGCAAUGGCAGCGCGUGCCUUCGGUCGCGGCGAACAUGCCGGAAGGUCGCCAACAUGCUGCCGGCGCCGUGGUCGAAGACACGCUUUACGUCGUUGGAGGGCGUUGGUUUGAGCGUACCAACGUUCGCGAUACCGUCUUCUCGCUCGAUCUACGAAAUCAGACUGCUGGCUGGCAAACUUCUCCGUCGCGUAUGCCUACUGCUCGCGGAGGAAUCGCAGGCAGUGCUGUUGGGAGUUCGUUCGUUGCGUUUGGUGGAGAGUGUAAUCCGGAUACUUCUAACGGUAUCUACCCUCAGGCCGAGAUGUAUGAUCUGAAGUCAAAAGAGUGGAAGAAAUUGCCCGAUAUGCAAGUGCCACGCCACGGUACGGCUGCAAUCGCUGUAGGAAGCCUUAUUUACAUUCCGGGCGGUGGACUGCAGCAGGAUGGGGUACCGAUUGAGAGAGAUGGUGUCGUGUCCUACGGGCAGGCGACAGCGCAUUUUGAUGCUUACGAGGUGAGUAUUUGAGUUAUCCUUGUCUAUGCCAGCAUCUUCUCCUAUUAGCGGUUCAGGAAGACCCUUGCUUGGAGUGUACGUCUCCAGGCUUGCUUACGCUGGUGAUCGUACUGGUGAUCUGACAUCGGUUCUUGAAUCUUUCUGUGAAGAGACAUAGCAAAAUAGUGAAUGUUCCCAUUGUAUCUUCUUCUACUCUGAUUCGCU